AUGUAUGCAUAUAUCGGAGUAUCAAUUAGCGUACAAGCAUUUAUUUUACUAUAAAAAGCUUGGAACUACAUUUAAAUGAUUAAAUAAAUUUAAAAUUCAAAGAGAAAUGGAAACUCAACUUCUACAUGUAAUAUAGUUGAAUAAAUAACUGAUUCUAACUUAGAUAAACUUUUUGAAAUGUUAGAUUAAUCUAAAAGUAAUGGUAAAUUAGGAUGGAAAAAUCAUGUUUGA